CUCUCUCUCUCUCUCUCUCUCUCUCUCUCUCUCUCUCUCUCUCUCUCCCCAACAUACACAAAACAAAUGGAGGGUCUUAUACCAUUCGUUUAUAGAGCCGUGAUAUACUACAAGAAUGGUGGACGUGGCCUCAUAGGGUCAUGGCUUACUGAAUCAUCUUCUGCUUCGUACAUGAGACUUCCGGGAGAUUCAGGACGGUUCCAAGCGUCGGAUAUCCAACUUUUCCGAUCGGAUUAUGGCUUCUCCACGUCUUCACCAACUACCUCCGCCACCAGAAGAAUUGUAUCAGCCGGAGCUCAGUCGCCGGGCCCGGGACGUCAUUUGGCUACUCGUCGUGUUGUCGCAUGAUGAUCAUAAUGAUCAUGAUACCAAAGUUACGUGCCCAAGGAAAGCCAAAGGCAUGUAAAUUAAUCAAGUUUGUCAAAUAUGGCGGGCUUUGAAUCUUUAUAAUUUUCUUUAUAAUGGGUUUUUAGUUGGUGUCAUGAGUGUGUGGAUAACCAAAGGGACCACACACUUUGUGUGUUGUUAUUAUGAAAUGUCAAAUGUAAUAAUAAUAAUAAUUGAAGAUAGAUUUGUGUAAAUACUAGGGGGUAUUGUGUAAGAAAAAUUUGUGUAUGCUGGUCAAAAUGGCCUUACAACUAUUGAG